AAAAGAUGUCGGGUGGAUGGACCACUGGCCUGCUUGACUGCUUCAGUGAUUGCAGUAUCUGCUGCUUGGGAUUUUGGUGUCCUUGCGUUGUUGCUGGGCGUGUUGCAGAGAUUGUCUCCAAAGGACAUACCAGUUGUUUUCAGCAGGGAUGUUUGUAUGCACUAAUCAAUUCCUAUACUCACUUAGCAUUCGGCAUUCCUUGUGGUUUCUGCAUUACUUGCGGCUUUCGAACCAAACUGAGGGAGCAGUACAAGUUGGAGGAAAAACCUUGCAACGAUUGCUGUGUUCAUUUCUUCUGCCACUCCUGUGCCUUGUGCCAAGAAUACCGUGAGCUCGAGAACCGUGGUUUCAAUGUUGCCAUUGGCUGGGAACGAAAUGCGUCACAGAAUCCUGGAGUGGUGACAGCACCAGCCAUGCAGGGUGGCAUGUAUCGUCAGACUGAUCACAAAUAGUAAUAGUGUUGGCUUGAUGCUUCAUACCAUCUGGAAUAAAAGAAUUUGUUUUCAAUUUUUGUUUGCCAUCUCUUGAAUAAACUUAUUUUUCUUUGGAGAGUCAUCUUAGUCUGUUGAGUGUGGGUGUGAAUAAUU